UCAGACAAUCAUUAUAAAUAGAAUAGCGAUAUCACUGUGAAAUAUUUCAGCUGCGGAAAUAUCCAACAUAGAAUUUAUAUAAACGAGUAAUAACACGAAUUAGUUGGUAUUAAUAUUAGUAUUUGAAAAGUCACUCUAAGCUAGAAACGAUGUUGAAACAACUAACCGUGUUGGCUGCCCUCUUUAUUACUUGUUUAGCCGCAAAACGUAAAUUUGCUGGCGGUCCAGUUCCACAGGAUUGCCUUGAAUGUAUGUGUCAGGUAGAAUCAAAUUGUACCACGACAUUAUGUGAACAGGGAAGCGGUUGUGGUUACUUUCACCUCACUUUUGAAGAAUGGAUAGAAUGCGGGCGACUAUUUGGAAGUUGGCAGAAAUGUGCAAAUGAUUUGAAAUGUUCUUCUAAUUGUGUCCAACUUUAUGUUGUACUCUAUAAUUACCGAUGCGGUGUACACACAUGUCAACAUUUUGCAAGAACAUUUAACGGCGGUCCAGAAAAUUGUAAAGACAAAUCUACAUUGCCCUAUUGGCGGAAAAUUUCGAAAUGUCUCAAAAGCCAGUGACAGAAUUCGCUCGAUAUGUUUCAAUGAAAUACGUAUUUGACAUUGUAUCUAAUAUUUACAAAAAAAAAAAAAA